AUGUUUAUUUGGUUAAAAUAUUCCUUAAAACUGAAUGAUAAUGUUACGGUAAAACCUUUUAUAUGGUCAUUAUUUAAUUGGAGACCAAAAGAAGGUCAAAUUCCGAUCGCAAAACAAGAAGUUCUCUUAAAGCAAGGAAUUGAUCAAGAUGAACUUAAAUUAUACAUCAAUUAUCAUUAUAAAAAAUUUACUUGCUUUAUGUUAAUUUACAUUUCACUUGCUCAAAUUUUACAAUCAUUUGCACCUGAUGUUUCGGAUAUCCCUUAUCCCAUUAGAGUUAUAAAAUUCUAUUAUGAUGGGACUCCAUUUAUCUCUUUAUUUGUUUUAUUAUACUGUUAUAUUUAUGCUUGUAUGAUAUGUAGUUCAAUGACUUAUCUUCAUGAGAUAUUUAUUAUUAUUUCGGCACAUUUAUUGUCUCACAUCUAUUCAACACCAAAUUCUUUAUUACAUACAAAGUUAACCACAGAUCAAUUGGAUUCUUUGAAGCUAUGGUUAAUUUCUUUCCUUUUUUAUUCAAAUCCCAUUUAUAAUCAUCCUUAUUUAUCACAAAGUCCAAAAGAUUUGUGGCAUAAUAGGUGGCAUCAAUUAUUUAGAAUAUUCUUUGUUGAAUUAGGUUACAAACCUACUUGUCAUAUCCUUUCUUUUGCCCCUAUCAAAUUACAAAGAUUUUUUAGUAUCUUGGCUGCUUUUACCGUUAGUGGUAUCUUACAUGAAUAUAUUUUAUAUUGUUCAAAUAGAUAUUUUACUUUAGAACAAUUAUCUUACUUUUGGUUUAAUGCGAUAGUUUUGAUAAUUUGGGAAUUAUCUAUAAAUUCUAAGGAAGAAAAAACUAAAGGUCAAGAAUAUCUUUUGAAGAAAAUCAGAAAUAGUCUAUUUAUGAACAUUUUUGCUAUUUUCACCAUUCCCUGGUUUAUUGAACCUUACAUAAGAUGCGAACAUUAUAAUACAGCAAUGCAUUUUGUCAAAAAAAAUUAA